AUGAAGUUCGGUGCUUUAACCACAAACCUGCUUUUGAUGGCUCCUGCCGCCUUGGCCUCCCCUCUGUCUACUCACAAGCAGACGGCAAUGGAUGCUUUCCGUGCAAGGAGAUCUUUACGUCGCUCCACUGCAUCUAGAGCCGGCGCCAGUAACACCGGCGGGACUACGGAUGCAACCUCUCCUAACUGGGCAGGCGUCACCAUCUCACAGCCAGGCGUCACCGAGGUUUCCGGCACUUUUACAGUCCCGCAACCCAAAAUGCCACCUGGCGCCGAUCCCAAUCUUGCGCAUUGUGGUGUUGCUUGGGUGGGAAUCGAUGGGUGGACUAACGGCGAUCUCAUCCAGACUGGUGUCCUCUGGUGUACCUAUAUCGACAACUCAACCUUCUGGUACCCUUGGUAUGAGUAUCUCCCUGGCUUCAUUACCGAAAUCGAUGGGGUGAAUGUAACUGCUGGAUCAGUUGUUACUGUUAAUGCCAAGAAGACUGGCACUAACAGCGGAAUUACAACAUUAACGGUUGAUGGUGUAACUGUUUCCCAUGAUUUCACUGGAGAACAAUUCAGCUUGCCUGGCACAAGUGCUGAGUGGAUUGUCGAGGACUAUGAACUUACGUACGGAGGCCCUCCUUAUGCUCCAUUUGCAGACUUUGGAACUGUUACCUUUACUGGAGCAACAGCCGUUGUCAACGGAGCUACUAUUACACCGGGCGAGGGUAAUUGGGUUAUCGUUGACCUAGACCAGGGUAACGGACCCAUCACAUCAUCAAGCUUCUCUGGCAGCACGGUGACUGUUAGUUAUAGUUCAGAUUUGGGAGCAAAUUAA